AUGUUGUAUAACAUUGAUACUGGUGAGGCGAAGCCGGUAAAGUUGCCUCCCCGCCGUGUCCCCCUCCAUUUGCAGGAGGAAGUAUCUGGUCACUUAAAGCAGAUGCUGGAGAAUAACAUCAUUCAGCCCUCGAAUAGCCCUUGGGCAGCGCCGGUGGUUCUGGUACGGAAGCGAGAUGGUGGCCUUCGGUUUUGCGUUGAUUAUCGCAAAUUGAAUGAUGUUACCCGUAAAGACACGUACCCCUUACCCCGAAUUGAUGAUGCGUUGGGUAGUUUGAGCAAGGCUUGCUGGUUUUCUAUAUUGGAUUUAGCCAGUGGGUACUGGCAAGUCGAGGUGGAUCCAAAAGAUAAGCAUAAGACGGCGUAUCACUCGUCAGGCCUUUUCCAAUUUAAUGUGCUGAGUUUUGGCCUGUGUAACAGUCUGAGAACUUUUCAGCGUCUCAUGGAUUUAGAGUUGGCGAGUCUUCAGUGGACUACUUGUUUGGUGUACUUAGACGAUACAAUAAUAUUUGGCCGUACCUUUCAAGAACAUCUGGACCAUGUGGAUGAGGUUAUAACGAAAUUGCGUCAGGCUAAUCUGAAGGUUAAACCGGCGAACUGUAACUUGUUUGCCACAGAAGUGCAGUAUUUGGGCCAUAUAAUAUCGGCUAGGGACUCACCGCCAGCUACCCAGGAAAAAUGGGGAGAGGUGAUAUGUGCUGUGAGAGAGGUGUGUCAGGAGGCAGUGGCAUGUCAGGAGGAGUGUGAUGAGCUGGGGCAGGAUCAGCAAGGAGAUGCUGAGCUGCGGGAGAUUUUUGCUUUAAAGGAAGGGAGGGCAGGUAGUCAGCCUCCAAAUGAGUUGUGGAAAUAUGCAUCAGUGUGGGAUCAGUUGCAGGUGCAGGGUUCUAGGUUGGUACGAUAUCCACCUUUGCAUUCUGAUGCAGCAAACCAAGUCCAGGUUGUAAUCGACAAGUCUUUGGUGCCAGAAAUUUUGAGGCAGUUGCAUAAUGCUACCACUAGGGGUCAUUUUGGAAAACAAAAGUUGCAAGCAAAGGUGAAAGAUCGCUAUUAUUGGCUGGGAUGGUUUGGGGAUGUUAAGCACUUGUGUCGGGAGUGUGUGGAUUGUGGUUCCCGGAAAGUGGUGGGGAAACAGGGAGGUGCCCCGCUGCAGUCUGUUGUAACCGCUAGGCCAUAUGAACGGGUAGCAUUGGACAUUUUAGGGCCAUUACCGGUAACUCCAGGGAUAAAUAUGUACAUUGUGGUCAUUGGGGAUUAUUUCUCAAAAUGGACUGAGGCAUUCCCUCUCCCUAAUCAGGAAGCUUCCACUGUGGCCAAGGUCUUGGCGGAGCAGUGGGUCUGUCGCUUGGGGGCCCCUCACUCUAUCCAUACAGAUCAGGGCCGAAAUUUUGAAUCAAAUCUAUUCAACGAGGUGUGUCAAUUGUUGAACAUUCCAAAGACUAAGACAUCAGCUUAUCACCCCCAGUCAGAUGGGAUGAUUGAGAGGUUUAACAGGACAUUGUUGGCAAUGUUGUCUCUCUUUGUGGAGGAAAAUCAGUCCAAUUGGGAUGUUUUGUUGCCUUGUGUGAUGAUGGCUUACAGGAGUAGUAUUCACUCUAGUACUGGGGUUACACCGUACAAGGUUGUUUUUGGGCAAGAGAUAGUGUUGCCAGUGGAUGUUAUGUUGAAUCUCAACGAGGGGGAAAGAUUUUCCUUUGUAACGGAAUAUGUGGCUAGACUAGGGGACAUAUUGUCCACAGUGGUGGGAGCAGUGAAAUGUCAUCAGGCAAGAGCUUCGGGUAAGCAGAAGCAAGCGUAUGACUUUAGAGCGCAAGUCAAGUACUAUUCAGAGGGGAACUGGUAUGGGUUUGGAGGAAGGCUAGAAGACGGGGGUUAUGUCCAAAGUUACAGAGGAGGUUUAAGGGUCCAUAUAAGGUGGUGGAAAGGAUAACGGAGGUAUUGUAUCGAGUGGUACCAGUGGAAGGGGGAAGUGAGGUGGUGGUGCAUUUUAAUCGACUUAAACCAUUUCUCUCUACUGUAACAGAGGCUGCCAAUCAGGAGGGCAGAG